CUAAAACGACUACAUAGUCUAGAUCAAAAUAUUAGCGAACCAUAUUUUAAAUUGUCAGGGAGUCAUGUCACAAACUGGUGAAAUGAGCAUCAUUAUACAGGUAUUGUUAAAUAUUACGUUGUCUCGAGACGUGGAGCGGAUAUAAAACGUGAUGUGAUGCAAAUUACGCACACUUCCGCUUUAAAAGCGGCUCCGUGUGUGGGGAUUCAGAGACGCUGUGGCGAUGCCGACGCACAGGACUGCGCUCUGCUGCUGCACGGUGAGGUGGAAUAGUUCAUCUGCGGUGUAAAUGUUCAUCAUUUCAGUCAACUUGGAUGUUCACUCGCACUGUUUCCUCUUCGAAAGCUGCCGAGCGGAACUUUACGCAAGCAAACAGCAGGUGAGUCUCGAAGGCUACACCUGAGGGAUAAUCCUUCUCAAAACUCGCUUGUUUUCUCCUCUAACUCCACUUGUUGAUGGGAAAUACAAACCCCCACCGGCGGUUAUUUCACGGAUAUUCCUAUGCGUAAUUUGGUGAAAAGUCCUGUCCGGCAGAAAGGCUUCGUAAGUUUCAAACCUGCGAGGUUUUGUAACAGAUGGCGGUGAUGUUUGGCGACUGGUAACAGCCCAUCAGAUCGUCUUACACACAGGCUGCCACCAGGUGAGCAGCGGGAUGGGGAACCAGAUGGACAAGCUGUCACAUUUAAGUUACGCAGAAGUUCCCACAGUGGACCCGAACGGCGUGGACACGGAGGACGGUCCACGGAUAGGCGUCUCUUACAUCUUUUCUAACGAUGAUGACGAGCUGGAGGAUGGCUGUGCCGUGGAUGGCACACUGAGAGACCCGAAUCAGGAAGAGAAACAAUACGAUCCGCGGGACGAGGUGGAGUGCGCCGUCUACAACAGAGAUGAGUGUAUCUACGAGAAGAGCGCCAAGUGUGCCAGCCUGGAGGUUUACUCUCCGGAGAAUCUGCUCAACAAAUGCAAAGCGGGGGAUCUGGUGGAGUUUGUGGCCACGGGGCAGUACCCGCACUGGGCUGUUUAUGUAGGGGACUUCCAGGUGGUGCACCUGCACAGAACCGAGGUGAAAAACAGCUUUCUGACGGACGCGAGUCAAGGGAGGAGGUGCAGGAUUGUGAACGACUUUUACAAAUUCAAAGCUCUGAACGCGGACAUGGUGGUGCAGAACGCGAUGGAGCAGGUGGGGUUAAAGGACCGAGAGCUGAGCUGGAGGAACUCGGAGUGCUUUGCAGCCUGGUGCAUGUUUGGCAAGCGGGAGUUCAAAAUGGGCGGGGAGAUCCGGAUAGGCAAACAGCCGUACAGGCUCAAGAUCCUCGUUUCAGACAAACAUUCACACGUGCUGGAGUUUCAGAGUUUGGAGGACAUGAUCAUGGAAAAGAGGAGGAACGAUCACCUGGGGAGGGCGGCCGUGCUGCAGGAGCUGGCGACUCAUUUUAACAGCGUGGGGGUCAUAAAAAGUAGUGAGCCAAGCGCUGACUGAUGUGUGCCCUUUCAAAAUAAUGAUGGUUCUGGAGUAGGGUAGCCUUUACCUUAUGGAAGUAAAACUGUGCCAUCAGAGUUUGACUAUAAAUUUAUAAAGCUGAAUUUUAUUUUGGCUUCAAAAUCAGACUUUGAAUUUCAAAACCAUCGAAUUUCGAGCACCUAUUUUAUUUCUGACACAAUUUUUUUUCACAAUGAUGAAAUAAAUUCAGUCUAAAAAAAAAAAAAAAAGGUUGCUCAAAAAAAUUAAACAUAAAUAAAAAUUCAGUGUCAAAUAAUUCAGUGUAAAAGAGACAGACCAUAAACUGUAUAUACUAUGGACAACUUGGUUCCGCCUCCUGCCUGUAUACGGAUUUGAAGCCAAAAAGCUCUCGAUAUUUCCGUGAUUUUUCUUCAUUUCCUGAAACCAACGUUGUGCAGUCGCUGAGAGUCGCUGUGAUGACGCUCGGCUCAAACAGCGUAUCCCCUGGGAGAUAUCAGGUGUCAAUCAUAGAAAACAUGAACCCCCCUGAUAACUUUUGAAAACGGAGCUGUACAGAAAAAAGAGGACUUGAAUUUAUAUUCUGUGUAACAAAUUUCUAAAGUUUGUCCACAGCUCCAUAAGCUUUGCUGGCAGAGGGGGGAUUUAUGACCUAUACUGCAGCCCGUCACCAGAGGGUGCUGUUCUCGGAGUGGCUUCACCCAACAAAGAGGUGGACACUGUCCAUUCUUUAUACAGUCUAUGAGACAGACUCAACACCCGGCUAACCAGGGAGAAUCAAUCGAUUCCUGCCUCAAUCAUCCAUCGUCCAGCCAAUCAAUUCAUGCCUGAUUGGUCAUGUGCCACAGACCCCAGUGGAAGAUUGAAUCCAAUCGAUUGCUUCUCCCUGGUUACCCGGAUGUUGAGUCAGUCUCUUUUACGCUUAUUUUUUUUUCUCAACAAUAUUUUUAUUAGUUUUAUACAGAUUAUACAAAGGAAACACAUCACAAACACCCACUUUCCCUCAAAACCUCGUCUACUGCUGGAUAUUCCUAUGACUGUGCUUAAACAACAAAUUCUGGAGCUAUAACAAAAAUAAUAAUAAUAAAAAAAAAUCACAAAUGAAAAAAAAAUACAAGUGCUGGAAUUCAGGUUUUGUAGAUCUUGAAAUACAUAAGAUGUUGAGGAAAAAAAGUAAAAAGAGAAGAAGUUAAAUGAACUUCUGUACGUGAAGAGAAAUAUGAAUGUAGACAAGUCGCUGAAAACUGAAAAAGUCCAUAAAUACACUUUUGAAUUCUGAAUGUUGAACAGUUUUUUUUAAGUCGAAUUUUCACUAAAAGAAUAUUUUGAGAGACUGAUUUGUUUUUUUAAACUGAAUUUAUUCCAUCAUUGUGAAAAAAACUAGUGCCAGAAAUAAAAAUGGGAGCCUGAAAUUUGAUGGUUUAGAAAUUCAAAGUCUGAUUUUGAUGCAAAAAAUUUCAGCUUUAGAAAUUCAAAAUCAGAUGGCACAGAUUUACUUCUAUAUCACCAAACUAUUCCACCCUGCUUUAAUCUAUAGCAAGCCUUCACCUCUUCCUUUUUGUUUCUAAUUGGAGCAAACAUACCACCAUUUUUACCAGGAUGAUUAUGGUUUCCAUUUGAUAUGAUUAUUAUUGCCUUAAAAUUCCCUGAUGCUAAAUGGCCUUACAGUUCUGGAUCCCGUUAUUGGACAGAGGUUUCUCAGUAGGCCUGUUAGUUGCUCUUCUCUGAAUGUAUAGUUUUCUAAAAGCUUUAAAGUUUGUCUUAAAGUGUCCUGAUUCUGUAUGUUCACUUCUGUUUUUAUGUUGAUUGAGUGUAUACUUCUUUCUAGCGAGUUUUGACUCCCACUCUCGGCUCACGCACAAGGCCAAGUGUCAGAGCUGUCUUUUGAAGGUAUACUUUUCUUUCACCAGCACAAUUGUCAGAAAUGUUUGGAAGUUGUUACACUGAUCUGAGUCUGUCUCAAAUGUGUAAAGGUCAAGUAAACUGUCCAUGUCUCUUUUUGAAA